CAUUGCUAUCCAGAGCAUCACCUACACUCAUACUCUCUGUGAGCAUAACCGACAACUUACAAGAUGGCUGCAGCAGACUACCUUGACAUCAUCUUACCACUGCAUAGGACAGGAGAGACGAUCACCAAUAUCCACAAAAAAGUGAACGAGAAAAAUCCGUCGAUAUCAAUCCAAUCCAUAAGGAAGUUCAUCAAGGACUUUCAUGCAAUCAAACCAUUGACAAGAAAAGUAUCACGCGGAGCAGCAAACGAAGGAGUAAUCAGAGCCGAAGUUACCAGGCUCUACAGACAAGACAACUCAGUGACGGCGAUCAGCAUUUCAAAUCACUUGAGAACACGAGGAAUUCAUGCAAGCACAACGCUUGUUAAACGAUACCGUGAUCGACUGGGUUUCAAGCGUAACACGACAAAAUACUGCCACAUGAUCAGGGACGUGAAUAAGGAGAAGAGAGUGGACUUUUGUCUGGAUAUGAUGGCAGAUAAAGAGAGAUUCCUUGACUGCGUCUUCACCGAUGAAUCCACAUUCCAGCUUGGAAAUUCUACCAAAUACUGCUACGUGGAGCCUGGUAAUACAGCAGGGAGACUGAGAAGCAGAGCAAAACAUCCAGCGAAGCUUCAUGUUUGGGGCGGUAUCUCUUAUAGAGGUACUACCGCCCUUGCAAUCUUCAAAGGGACCGUCAGGAUGGAUUCGAAGCUGUACUGCGAGAUUUUGGAGGAGUGCUUUCUCAGCUUUUCCGAGGGAGCAUAUUACGGCUGUGCUAGAUUGGUGCAAGAUAACGCACCCGCACACAAAAGCGCCUACACGAUGGAACGUCUUCAGCGGUGGGGCGUAAGGACAGUCGAUUGGCCAGCUGAAUACCCCAUUGAGCUGGUCUGGGGAAGCAUGAAAGGCUAUAUGCGAACACAAUCUUUUCGCACAAUCGACCAGCUAGAGAGCGCUAUAAGGGAUUACUGGAGCAAGUUGACACCAGAGAUUUGCCAGAAGUACAUAGAGGGAAUCCAGUGGAGGAUGCCGCUUAUCGUAGAAGCUCGCGGCGGAAAUAUAAUCGAGAAGAAUCCGAACAAAAAAAGAGUCCAGAACCAUGCCCAACCUUCCGACUCUGACAGUAACACUGAGGAGAAUGACUGGUUCUAA